GUUUGGUGCGCUCCAGGGCGGCUCCGGGCGGGCGGGCGGAGUAGCAGACGAGCAGGGCUGGGGCGCAGUCUGCACCAUGGCGUAUCCCGGGCACCCUGGCGCCGGCGGCGGGUACUACCCAGGCGGGCAGUAUGGAGGAGCUCCUGGAGGGCCUGCGUUCCCCGGACAAACUCAGGAUCCGCUCUACGGUUACUUCGCUGCUGUGGCUGGACAGGAUGGACAAAUUGAUGCUGACGAGUUGCAGAGAUGUCUAACGCAGUCUGGCAUUGCUGGAGGAUACAAACCUUUUAACCUGGAGACUUGUCGCCUUAUGGUUUCAAUGUUGGACAGAGACAUGUCUGGCACCAUGGGAUUCAAUGAGUUUAAAGAGCUCUGGGCUGUGCUGAAUGGCUGGAGACAACACUUCAUCAGUUUUGACAGCGACAGGAGUGGCACCGUGGACCCCCAGGAACUGCAGAAGGCCCUGACGACGAUGGGAUUCAGAUUGAACCCCCAAACUGUGAAUUCAAUUGCAAAGCGAUACAGCACCAGUGGGAAGAUCACUUUUGAUGACUACAUAGCCUGCUGUGUCAAGCUGAGGGCUCUCACAGAUAGCUUUCGAAGACGGGAUUCUGCUCAACAAGGAAUGGUGAAUUUUUCAUAUGAUGAUUUCAUUCAGUGUGUCAUGACCAUCUAAGUCAAGACGAAGUUGUCUGAGUUUACUCAACAUUCCAACUGGAGCCCGCGCUUGCUUCCUCCUGGUCUUCAGUGCUGUGUGCAGAUUUCCACCAACACUCCCUGACAACUGUUGAGCGGGAUUGUGACUUUAUAUACAACUGAAGCUUCAUUUUUAAUUUUGAUAAUAAAUUCUUGAAGUUCAAUAAUAUAAGAGCAAGUCUAUUGUACCAGCCAGACCCUCCUUGAGCCAUUAUUAACCAUGACUUAUUUUCCUGCUGUCUUUUAUAUAAACUUAAGUAUGCAGAAAUGUUUAAAGCAUAUUAUAUAUUUUCUUGUGACAUGAAGUCUUUUCAUCAGAUUUAGCUGUUAUCCUUUCUUGCCCUGCGGAAUGUGAUUAUGGUUUGUGUGAGAUAUUCUUAUAUAAGUGGUUUAGGUCCACAGGGGUACAAAACAAACCAAUGCACAUGAUAAUCCACAUACUAGAAAAAAAGUGCAAACCGUAGGACUCACCGGGCUUGAAAGCCUUGAGUGGACAGAGGUACUGAAUGACUGUUGUCUGCCUCUUUAGAAGCCUAUAGAUAAUUUCAAUGGCAAAAAUCCUGUCACCACAUCCUUCUUUGUCAUCGAUCCAAACUUUUGCUAAUUAUACCUAAAAGUCUUCUAUAUGAUAAGCUUAAAAUUAACAGAAAAAAAGAUUGAAGGGACAUAAGACUAUAUUAACUAUUUAUCUUUGACUAAUGGGAUUCUAGAUGACUUUAAUUAUGUAUUUCCAUAUCUCACAAAAUUUUAUAGUGUGUAUGCUUCCAGAUGUUGGGGGUGGAGUUGGUAGAUGUAGCUCAGCAGUUAAGAGCAUGCCCUGCUUUUGCAGAGGACUCAAGUCCCCAGCACCCAUGUUGGGUGACUUAUCGGCUGCCUCUGGCCUCCACAGGCACCUGCACUCAGAUGCAUAUACUCUGGGACAGAAAACUGACGGGAUCAUUUUGAAAGCACUGUUGAAAUCCAUUUUUAAAUGUAAUGUGUUAAUAUACUGAAACAUACACAAGAAAGGAACUGAAAUGAAUGAGUCGAUUGUUGACCUGGCAUAAACCACUGGGAGUAGGAUCUCCCUUCCCACUAAAUUUCCAAGUAUUCUGUCAUCAGGUUUCACACACACACACACACACACACACACACACACACACACACACACACACACACACACAAGAAACUUUUUUUUCAAGGGUUUGACUAAUCGGCUUGCUGGCGAUGUCUUGCUAUGCAUGUGGCUUGGCCAUUUUAUGUAAGGACAAGACACUCAGUAUCACCAUCUUUAAGAGGAUCCUUAUCCCAUGGGGUGGUUCUGAGUGUGCAGACGUGUGUUGAUAGGAAAAGCAUCUGCGGUGUUUGUCUCUUACAGUUAGCUAAAAAAACAACGGUAACACUCUUCUAGAUAGCAAUGCAUCUGUCUUGUUGGGCAUACAAGUGGACGAUUAACUCUCAACUGGUGAAAUAAACAUUUCAUAAGCGUC